AUGUCCGCAUCAUCCAUCAACCGUUCAUUAGCCACUAUUAGAACCGAACUGGACUUCUUGAAAGAAUCAAACGUGAUCUCCCAGGAAACGUUCGACCAGAUCACUAGCACGUUACCUGUCAAAUACGAUCCAGAUGCAUCAAGAGCCCCAUCCAUUCACAGCAGCAACAACAACCAACCACAAGAUCAAGGUAACGAAUUUGUAGAGGCAAUCUAUCCAUUUGAACCCCAACAACAGGGAGAUUUGGCCUUGAAGCCUGGUGAUAAGAUUGAAGUCAUAGAGAAACCAUCACCAGAAUGGUUCAAAGGUCGUUGCAAUGGUCAAACAGGGAUGUUCCCUUCAAAUUACGUGAAACCAGCAUUUUCUGGCUCAUCUGGUUCUGUUAAUAAAGUGGCACGUCCUAAUGGCCCACCACAAUACCAAAACUCUUUGCAAACACAGAAUAGUCACACACCAUCUUUCCAACAACCUGCUCCCUUCCCACCCGCAUUAACAAACUACUACCAACAGCAACAGCCACAAUUUAUCCAAACCCCACAACAACAGCAACCUCAACAAGUUCAACAGCAACCAGUCCAACAACAGCAACCUCAACAGCAAGAACAACAUCAUAGUCACCAUGGAUUGAAGAAGUUCGGCAGUAAACUAGGUAACGCCGCCAUUUUUGGUGCAGGUGCAACUAUAGGGUCCGACAUAGUUAAUAGCAUAUUUUAA